AUGGAGCGGCGUCUUCUCCCCUGUCUGUUGGUCCUCUUCUUCCUAUCUGCUGCGGCAGUGGGCUCCCCGGCGGCGCCUCUGUAUGGUGAGCUCAUCUCCCGCACAGAGAUUUUCUGGGAAAUCGGCGCCUUUUCCGCCCGCCCUUUGGCUCGGCAGGUUGGAUAAUGUCCUUUGCUCGGCGGCGCAGGGGAGGUUUCGUAUGCCAUAGACUGUGGAGGGACGGAGGACUUCGACGGGCCCUUCAACCGGCGGUGGACAGCGGACAGUUUCUACUCCGGCGGCGGCAUCCCGGGCACGGUGGCGGAGCCGCAAAACUUCCCCCUGCGCCAGGAGCGCACCCUCCGCGCCUUCCCGCCGUCCUCCGCCGGCAAGAAGGGCUGCUACGGGGUCCCCGUCCCGCCCGGCCGGUACUAUAUCCGCAUCUUCACCGCCUACGACAACUACGACAGCAAGCUCCGACCCCCGAGCUUCGACGUCUCGGUAGAGGGCACCCUCGUGUUCAGCUGGCGCUCCCCGUGGCCGGGGAAGAUCGCGAGAGACGGCGCCUACUCUGAUCUCUUCGCGGCCGUCACCGACGGCCAGGCCGAUGUCUGCUUCUACAGCAUUGCCACUGACGCCCCCGUCAUCGGUUCCCUUGAGAUCUUCCAGAUCGAUUGGCUGGCCUACGGCGCCGCCGACCAUAUCCUCGUCAACUACGGCCGCCUCACCGCCGGGGGGAGGCUCUUCGGCCCCGGAUUCACCAACGACACUGACCAAUUCGGCCGGGUCUGGCAAUCUGACCAGGGCUUCCUCAUGGACUCCGCUAAGUCCAAGGUUCUGACAGCAUCUCGCCCCAUCCUGGGCGCCAACCAGCGGCCGAACUUCUUCCCCACCCACCUCUAUCAGACUGCCAUCACCACAGCCUCCGGGGUCUCGGCGCUGGAGUACCUGUUCCAGGUGGACACUCGCCUGGACUACAUGCUCUGGUUCCACUUCGCCGAGAUCGAUCCCGCCGUCACCGCACCCGGGAAGAGGGUGUUCGACAUCUAUGUCAACAAGGACAAAGUCACCCGCAUGGAUAUCUUCAAGCAGGUCGGCGGCUUCGCCGCACUGAAAUGGCAGUACGUCGCGCGGAAUCUGACGAGCACUCCCCUCAGCGUGAAGCUAGUCCCAAUCUCCGGCGCGCCGCUGAUCAGCGGCCUCGAGAACUAUGCCAUGGUACCGUUGGAUCUGGCCACGGUCCCCAGCCAAGGUAUGGGCGACAACCUGCAAUGGUGAAGCUGCUGCCCCCGCCGGGGGAAUAAGGAGGUCAUGAUCUCAUGGCUUAUUUGUGUCUUCCACAGUGGCCGCAAUGAAUGCUCUGAAGCAGUCCCUUCGCGUUCCAGACAGAAUGGGUUGGAACGGGGACCCCUGCGCACCUUCCGCGUGGGAUGCCUGGGAAGGGGUGACCUGCCAACGCAGCGACGACAAGCGGGCGCUAGUGAUCACUCAACUGUGAGCAUUAUCUCUUCUUCUACUUCUUCUUCCUUUCUCCUUGUUCAUGCUCUUGUUCCUCACCCGUUUGUUCAUAAUAAUUUCUAGUGAUCCAUGCCGCCCCCAAUGCAUAAACACGUCUUUAUUUCACAGAAAGCAGACAUCUUUGAACCAAACUUCUACCAUCCUUUUUCUUCUUGUGCCGAUUAAUGUCUUAGUGGGUAUGCCCACCUGGUUUACUAGUCUCACCAUGAGCUUUGGUUGGAAGCUGGUUUAUUCGACAGUGAUCUCUAAUUCAUGAAUGGGCUCUCUGAAGAUGGCUGUUCAACUGACCAGGUUGUCCCGGGUAGUGGGUCUGUCCCAGAUAUACUGUGUAAUCCAUGCGGUGAAAUCUUCAGCUUAUGUAUGCCCUAUGCCACGCUCAUCAUGCUCGUCUCUGAAACCAGUGAUCCCCCAAUUUAGAUUAUGAACUUACCCACUAAUCCAAGAUAAGGUUUUCGUUUAAUGAACUCACUUCGUCGUUAAUGGCUCUACGACCCACGGAGCUCUUUCCAUGCUGAUUGAUGUCAGAAAUGGCAUUCAUGCAGUCACUCGCAUGCGGAUUUCAUAAUUCUUGGGCUACAUUGCAUGACUUUGAUCAGGCUACGAUCAUUCAGCUUUGGUAUAUUUCAUUUUCAUCGCACGGCCUGUUUUCGAUUCAAAACGGUGGAAGAUUUAAAAGGACUAUCAAGCGGGAUUUCUUGAGAAAAUCCAAGAAGCCGCAGCCUUCUCAUGGUGCAUUCAUCUCGCUGAAUCCAUGAAUUUCUUCGGUGGCUUAGCCUCAGAGCCGCUGCUUAAACCAAAAAGCUUUCAUUUCUAUCUGCCGAUGCAAUAUUCUUAUGAAAACGGCGCCGUUCAUUCUUGCUUCAUUGUCGCAGUGACCUUGGGAGCCAAGGGCUGAAGGGUUAUAUCAGUGACCAGAUAAGUCAGCUGUCAAACUUGGUGUACCUGUGAGUAGAAAGUCAACAACAUAUCCUGUUUUUUUUUCCUUUAUCUGGUUAAUUUCUCAGCCAUCAUCGCUGUUGAUGGUUAGCUUGCAAUACAUUGAAUCACUGUCAUCGUAAUUAUAUAUUUAUGGCCUUUUUUUAAUUUCUAAUUAUCAUCACUCUUCUCUCCCCAUUGUGUUUGAAGGAACUUGAGCUCUAAUUUUCUGGAGGGAACAUUGCCUGCGGGUCUCAGUCAAAGAUCUCUUAUGAAAUUGUGAGUCAGAUGAUGUUGGCUCUCGCUCUUGUGCUCAUGAUCAGAAGUAUUUCUAUGAUAAUCAUUUAAUUUACUGUUUUCCUGCUGAUGAAACCCACCCUCUUCAAACGCUGUUCUUUUCUCGCCUCCAGGGAUCUGUCGGGGAAUCUGCUAUCCGGGGGCAUCCCAGAUACUCUGGGCUCCUCCAGCCUAGUCCUAGCGUAAGCCUCUCUCUCUCUCUCUCUCUCGCUUUCAUUCCUGUGUCUUGGAAGUUGCUAUCUUUUUUAUUGAAUGGUUUAAUUUAUUUAUGAUGACGAGUGAAUGCUUUCCGUUCAGGUUGUUAAAUGGCAACAGGCUGGAAGGGCAAGUACCCGAGAAGCUCUACUCGAUCGGCGUCCACGGCGGGGCCAUUGAGUAAGUCACUGUUCCUCCUUCCUCUCUCCCUUGAAUUUAAGCAGUAAAAUCGCCCAGAACACCCGUCCCUCCCUCCCUGCUCGGGGUCAAGUUCCUGGGCUUCAAAGCCAUCUCAUGCUAUGCAACUUUGGUGGGUAGAUAUAUUGGAUCGAUCUUCAGAACCCAUGGAUGAGAAAAUUCGAUGGUAACAAGCAUAAAAAUGUGAACUUUAGUGGGUAUGAAUCAUCGGGUGGGAUUUAUUAUUCUAAUUAUUCUACUUAUUAUUAAUAUUAUUAUUCGAAGGCUGUGCCUUGGUUGACCUUCGGUGUUCAUCCUGAUGAAUGAUGAUGAUAAGUUGAUGCCCAGCCUGUCGGGGAACAAGGGCCUCUGUGGAGUGCCUUCUCUGCCAGCUUGCCCCUUCUUCUGGAACAAAGGAGGGUUGUCCACCGGCGGGAAGAUCGCCGUCGGCGUAGCGGCCGCCGUCGUCCUCGCGGCUCUCCUCCUGGCCGUCUAUUUAUUCUGUGUGAGGAAGGGGAGGCACGAGUACGACUUCGCCCCCUCCCAAGACCUCAUGUGUAAGCACCCUGACUCCCUAUAAAGCUUACUUAUUUCCUAGAGAGAGAGACGGACUUUAUCCCAAAAGGCGCUGAAUUUAUAUGGGGAAUCUGCGCCAUAUUCCAUCUCACCCACUAGUGGGGAAUCUGAAGUCCUGUUCUUCUUAUCUCUCUCUCUCUCUAACUCGCUGUCUCUCUCUCUUGCCAGCCAUCGCAGCGAAGAGGAACAGAUACCAGAGGCAGAAGUCGCUGAUGCUCCUUGAAAUGGAAACUCAGAGCGCCAAUGGAACCCCAGGCACCAUGAAUCCGCUCUAG